CGCUACCCCUUUGGUUCCUUUCAACUUCUUCUUCCUCAUCUUUCCUCAUAUUUUCAACAUUUUCUUCUUCACACACAAACACACACAGAUCUCUUCACCAUCACAUUACUUCUGGUGUUAUCCUUACAUCUAUCUUCAAUCUUCUCCAUGAGGAAAGGGAGAGGCUCUUCCGUCGUUGGACCCGCCCUUCUUCCUGUUGGAUCUGUCAAGGAGCCGAGGUAUAGAGGCGUCAGGAAGAGACCUUGGGGUAGAUUCGCCGCCGAGAUCCGUGAUCCAUUAAAAAAAUCACGUGUCUGGCUCGGUACUUUCGAUUCCGCCGAGGAAGCCGCACGCGCUUACGACGCCGCCGCUCGUAACCUCCGUGGUCCAAAGGCCAAAACCAAUUUCCCGAUCGACUGCUCUCCAUCUUCUCCUCUCCAACCUCUCAACUACCACCAGAACCAGAAUCGGAAUCAGAAUCUAUGCUCUGCUGCGAAUCAGAACCAGAUCGAUCCGUUUAUGGACCAUCGGUUAUACGGCGGAGGUAAUUUCCAGGACCAGCACCAGCAGCAACAGAUGAUCAGCCGGCCGGCGAGUAGCAGCAUGAGCAGCACCGUCAAAUCUUGUAGCGGACCGAGACCGAUAGCGGAGGCGGCGGCUUCUUCGUCGGUGGCGAAACCGUUGCACGUGAUUAAGAAGAGGUAUCCGAGGACUCCGCCGGUAGCUCCGGAGGAUUGUCACAGCGACUGCGAUUCGUCUUCGUCUGUUAUCGACGACGGUGACGAUAUCGCAUCUUCGUCUUCCCGCCGGAAACCGCCGUUUCAGUUUGAUCUUAAUUUCCCGCCGUUGGAUGGCGUUGACUUAUUCCCUGGCGCCACGGAUGAUCUUCACUGUACCGAUCUACGUCUUUGAUUUUUAUUAUUAUCGGUAACACAAAUACAAAAACAACAACAACAACAAGAUCCGUUGAUUUACUUACACACAACCGGAAAACUAAAAAUUAUGCUCUGUUUUUUUUUUUUUUCAUUUUCCUUUGAUCUCGUAUUGAAAGGAAAAAAAAAAAGAAAAAAGGAUUGAGCGUGAUGAUUUUUAUCAUCAACGAGGAUGAUGACGAUUAUUGAAAAAAAUGAGAGAGAUUGUGAUAAGAUCUGUUUAAUGUAAGAACCAGAUCUGGGGUUUCAUUGUUAUCUGUUUCUUAUAAAAGAUCCAACCCUUUUGUUACAUGUAACAACAUUCUGAAGCUGAUUUCAAAUUUUUUUAGAUUUCUACUUCUUCA